UGCCUCUUUUACUUUUGACACCACACAUCUGACGUUGAUGUGUUCCACAGCCCCCGAACCAUCUGAUAAUUUUGAUGUCGCGCUGUCAGCCGAACACACCCGUCUCAACUCCUUUUCGUGCUUGUUUACGCGGUCCAUGUGGCAACGGUCCUUGUGGCAACGUGUUAUGGCUGUCUAAUCGCCAUUUCAAUUGCGCCAACCGCUCUGGACAAAUGCGCUGAAUGCCAGACGACACUGCUGUCCAGCAUGACGGCCUUGCUUUACUGUGCUCAACAGGAUUCCCACCAUGGAGCCCCAACGACCACAUUCACCGUUCCGUCGACCCUCGCAACCCUUUCUUCACAAUAUCCUCCCGCCGUCGAAUGUUACGCACCGGAGCGCCAAUAACACGCCGGUAUCAUCGACGGGCCUCUUCAGUCCGACUCUCACCCGCCCCCCCAACAGAAUUCUUCUCUCGUCGCAGCCCGGCCCCGAGGCUGCGGCACCCGGAGGCUCGAACAUGUCGUAUCUGCAUCCGUUGCAGCUGCGCGAUUUGCAGGGCAACCUGCACAGCCUACACGGCCACAAGGUCCGAGAGACACACAAGGCCAAUGUUGAGCAUGACUACGCAACGGGCAGAAAGCACAUCAAUAACUACGAGAUCAUUGAGGAGAUCGGCCGCGGCAUGCAUGGCAAGGUGAAGCUCGCCCGGAACGUAUCGAACGGCGAGUAUGUUGCCAUCAAGAUCAUUCCAAGGUUUUCUAAGAAGAGGCGAUUGGGCAAGGUCAUGGCGAUGUCCACCCAGGACAAGAGCAAGAAGGAGAUCGCUAUCCUCAAGAAGAUCCGGCACCCUAAUGUCGUCGCGCUCCUCGAGGUCAUCGACGAUCCGGAGUUGAAGAAGAUCUACAUGGUGCUCGAACACGUCGAACUGGGCGAGGUUGUGUGGAGGAAGAAGGGCCUUCCCCAUAUCUGCGAGUACGAACGCCGUCGUGUUGAAAGAGAGAUGCACGGCGCUAAGCCCACGCCCGAGGAGGAACGGUUCGAACGACUCCUGCUGCAGCGCCAGGCUGCGAAGGACGCCGAGCGAGCGAAGCUGAGGGCCAAGGCCCAAAGACCUUCGGCCGAUUAUUGGAGUUUCGAAUAUGGGCCCCUGGACGAUGAGGAGCUUGACGCAUACGUUGGUUCGCUAGGCAGAGACGAUGCGGUCUUGUCAACAAUACGUCGCACCCCGUCCAUGGCGAGUUCUCUGGCUGGGUCAAGAGCCACGUCCCGGGCACCUUCUCGGACACAGUCAAGUAAAUCGCUGUCGAGGCACCUUGAGGUUCCUCGUGCCGAGUCAAAUGUCGCCUCCGUUGCCCAAGAGCGUGAACCGGAAGCGAGCGGAGCUCUACCAAGCAAACCCGACACCUCGACGGCGCUCGACGGGACCAUGUACGGCGCGUACGUCGAGGAUACUGGUUCGCGUGCGAGGUCGCCCAGCAUGGCGGAAUCGAUCACUUCGCACAUCUCCGCCUUCGACUUCAGCAAGGUGCACGACCCCUAUGUGGAUGACUUCUCCUACGUGCCCUGCUUCACCAUGGAGCAGGCAAAGAACACAUUCCGCGACACUGUCUUGGGUCUGGAGUACUUGCAUUAUGAGGGCGUAGUUCACCGGGACAUCAAGCCGGCGAACCUACUCUGGACCAGGGAUCAGAGAGCGAAAAUUGCCGAUUUUGGCGUGUCCUACUUUGGCCGACCUGUCAGGGACGGAGAGCCGGAUGACACCAUCUCGGAAUCGGAGGCUAAGGAUUUCGACAACGAUCUGGAACUUGCCAAGACGGUUGGAACACCCGCUUUUUUCGCACCUGAGCUCUGUGCCACCGAUCUCUACGAUGCGCCUCCUGGCGAGCAGCCCAAGAUCACUGAGCAGAUUGAUGUUUGGUCCUUGGGGGUCACGUUGUACUGUCUGAUCUUUGCUCGCCUUCCCUUCCUCGCUGAGGACGAGUGGCAGAUGUUCAGGAAAAUCGCAAACGAAGAGGUCUACAUCCCUAGCCGACGAUUGCGCCCUGUCGAUCCCUCCACCAAACCCAGCGAAAAGUCCUUGUACACACGUGUGAACACGCCGCCCUACCGCGAUGACGAUGAGCUUGCUUAUGAAGACAUUGAACCCGACCUCCAAGAUCUUCUGAGGAAGAUGCUCACCAAGAACCCCGAGAAAAGAAUCCGCUUGCGUGACGUCAAGAGGCAUCCCUGGGUGAUCAAGGACAUCGACAAUAGGAUUGCGUGGCUCGACGACACUGAUCCGUCGAGGACGACAUCUGGCCAAAGGAUUCAGGUUGAUGAGAAGGAUAUGGCUCGUGCUGUUGUUCCGCUGAAUAUCUUCGAGCGUGCGAGAUCGGUAAUCAGGAAGACCGUGGGCAAGGUCAUGCAUCGUGGCGAUCGGACGGAGAGUGUAUCAUCUAGGAGGCGUGCUGCCAGCAGCGCAGCAUCCUCCGUAGGAGGGGACAGUCCCAUAACCGGAAUGAGCGCCCCUCAUCUCCGCGAGACCCGGCGAAGAAGCUUGCGCCCCGAUGAUUACUUCUCUCCUCCGGGCCAAACCAGCGGUCACCCCUUGACACACAGUGUCCUGGCUAGCCCCGAGGAAGGGUCCCCGGCGGACACCCUUGCAUCUUCCCCUGCGGCGCAGUCAUCGAAUUUUAGCCACGCUUUGCGUAAGCCACUGGAGUUGCUCACGGCACUUGACGAUCAAUGGGCUCGGCAGGCAGCCACAUCGCCAAACAAACCAGGACCCCGUCAUGGACAUGCUCGGUCCAUCACAAACGCAUUUCUCAGUCUGAGCCCACACCACCACACACCAGCCGAAGCGCAGACACUCCCGCCAACGCCACUGUUCGACAGUCCCAUGGAUGACCCAAUCAGCGCACUGAGGAAGGCCCGCGACACGAAGCCUAAGGCAGACGAGCUUGGCCGAGCACGGUCCGUUGACCGCGGACUGUUCGGGAGCAACGAUAAACGCGCCGAGGCAAUGGUGUCGCUGAGCACGGCUGUCGCGCCGGGCAACGUGCAGUUCACCCCGCGGCCUCGCCAUAAGCCGUCAAUCGAGCUCAUUAAGGGACUUGAGCGAGCUGCGUCUUCGAUGCCUCCGACUCCCAAUCCGAUUUCUGAGUCUCAAAGCGGUCCAUUCAAGUCGGAACCAAAUAUGCACAGCAGGCAGCGUGUUCUUGUCGACGUUGAAGAGGAGCCAGCAACGGCUCAUCGCGUCGACGCCUCCGUCGACCCUGGGACACCCCAACGUGACCGGCCGAAGCCAUCGACGCCUGAACCAGUGGAUCCAGGGUCUACGACAUGCCCUCCAUCCCCCGGAGACGAAAGAUCCCCUCCGAAUGAGACGCUUCCGACAGGCAAGUCCUCGAGCUCAACGUCAAUGGGCGCACUCACGACCCCAUUGACAACCCCAAGCGAGUCGGCGAGCCCGAUCUGUGGGCUCAGCAGUCAGAUGACCAAGGAGGUUACUGAUCGGAUGCUCGCUUUCCAGUCGGAUCCCUCACUGCCGGCUCUUCUCAGCAGCACAAGUUCGGUAUCGGCAGACCCAGAAGGAGACUUCCUCGGCAACCCAGGAGUCGUUGGACGAUCUUCGGUCAUCGACACGACCGACUCCCUCACGCCUCCGGCCUUGACCAAGGAACCCAUCUCGGGAUUCCCGCUGGAAGCGCAGGACAUGCCGGAAGGCGCAGUCCGCGUGAAACUGGAUAGCGCCGCCGAUCUCCCUCCGAGCCGCGGCAAGUUUGGCACUUGGAGAGCAUCGCGAAGUCACCGUGACGAUGAUUGUGACGACGAUGAUGAUAGUGAUAGCGACGAAGGCUUAACCAUGGCCAUGCCGAGGAAAAGGCUGCCGACCCCGACGGAGCCUGAUUCUGGCUCGCUUCCUAGAGACGCGCAGGCGCCCCAGACACACCGGGUGGACCGACUGAUUGGGAAUGCGAGACGGAGAGACACCAAUUGGAGCGUGGGCAGUACCGAGACGGCCAAGAAGCUCGUCGUAGAUGGCGAGUGAGCAUGCUGUCAGCAUGUCGCCUGUGUUGGGUCCACUGAACGCUCGAAUGCACACGCAAAUGCCUUUUAUUCGUUCCAGUUUCCUCCGCCAUCCAGCUGACUUUGUUCCGCGGGCCUGGCUUCCUGAUGAAAAAGCGACCAAAAACAUGUCUCUUUGUCUUUCCUCGCGGCGCAUCGCUCUCGGGAGAGGUUUUCAUUUGGCUUUUAUAGACAGAC